UCAUUCCACGCCGCAAACACUAUGUCACUGUCUGGUCAUCUCCAACACAACAACACUCACAUUGAACUCUCAAAAUCAACCAUGUCCAACAAAUUGUUUUUCUCCCAUAAUCUUGUUUUAGGUGUCAUCACAACUAAAUCAACAACCUUAAAAUUCAACAACCACUUCUCAUUCCCAUUUUCACUCAAAUGCAGCAGCAUCACAACAUCUCAAUCAGAAUCAAUCACACAACCUUUUGCUGUAUCUUAUCUUAUCAACAAUUUUGAUUUCUCAACUGAAUCAGCUCUCAAAGCUUUCAACCUCAAGCAGGUUCGUUUCAAUACCUCAGAUAAUCCUGAUUCUGUUAUCACCUUCUUUCAAAACCAUGGUUUUUCAAACUCUGACAUACGCAUCUUCAUCAAAAAAGCACCAUGGUUACUUUCAUCACAACCCCACAAAAGGUUUUCGAAAACCAACAAGGAUACUAUUGUUUACUUAAUUCGACAUUCAAGGUCGUUUAUUGUUUAUCCCCUUAACCUUCUAGAGGCUAAUAUCAAUUUGAUGGUUGAUUUUGGAGUUUAUGAUUCUGCCAUUGCUAGAUUGCUUCGAACUAGGAAAUCUAUAUCUUGUUCAAAUGAUUUGAUUAAGUCAUUGGAGGACGUUAAGGGUUUAGGGUUUGACCCUUCAACGAUCGCAUUUGGGACUGCUUUGGUGACCAAGCAAUGUAUGAGUAACAUACUUUGGGAUAAGAAAGUUGACGUCUUUAAGAAAUGGGGUUGGUCUGAUGAAGAUGUUAUUCGAGUAUUUAGGAGUCAGCCUAGUUUGAUGUUGACUUCAAUUGAUAAGAUUAAUCUGUUGAUCAGUUUUUGGGUUAAUCAAAUGGGUUGGGAUCCCUUGGCACUUACUAAAUCUCCACUUAUGUUUUCUUUUAGUUUACAUAAAAGGAUCAUUCCAAGAGCCUCGGUUUUGCAAUUUCUUUUGAUGAAAGGUUUGCGAAAGAAGAAGGCGAGCUUAGUUAGACCAUUUGCUUAUUCCGAGGAUAUGUUCUUGAACAAGCGUGUUUUCAGCUUUAAGGAGGAGUCUGAUUAUCUUUUGAAGCUAUAUUACGAAAAAAUGAAACUUGCAAAUGCAAUGGAGAACAAUGGGAUGCCAUCCACCAAAUGUGUAAUGUAUUGAUCUUCUUCUUUUGUAAUACAUCCUUAGCUUAUUCCUUCGUAGUGGUUAGUACUUAUACUACUGUUGGGUUUGUUAUCCUCAGUUUUAGUUGCAAUUUUGAUGUAUGAGUCUUGUACGUGUGAAAGUUCAAAUGCUCUUGCAUUUGUUCAGGGAAUGCUUGUCUCAUGAUUGCCGUAGUCUGAUGUGUAUCUUAAAUCGAACGUCAAAUGUUAUACGAAAAAGAACAUGAAAGAAGAUUUGACCAACUUAUUCUUCAUGUAGAAAG